CUUUUUCUCUUACUAGCCUUUCACAUUUUUACUUUAUUUUUCCCUUUCCAUUUCUGCUUUGUGCUUUAUGUGUGCUGCUACGUUGUAUAUGAGAACAACAACAACAACAACAAUGCGAGAGUGAGGGUUACUAGAAUAGUUAAGGAUUAAUGAUGGGUGAGUUUCGCUUUCAUAAUGUAUUUCACAAACACGCUGAUGCAGAAGUGGCUCUAUAUGCAGAUUCUACGGUCCAUUCUAGACACAGGCGCUCUAACAGUGCUUCUGACAAGAACGUGAAAUUCUCAAGAGGUGGUGUUUUGCAUUCCAAAGAGAAAGACAAGGAUGAAUUUAUUGCUUCACCAACUUCAGUGAGGGCUUCUAGGUUACCAAGUCCUUUACAUGACUACCUCACCUAUAUGAACAAGAAUACUUCUUCAAGUCAUAGAGCAUCCUUGGAAAAAGAUGUUGAGCAGCUACAGAUACACCUACAGCAGGAAAAAUCUAUGCGUAUGCUGCUCGAGAGAGCAAUGGGCCGUGCCUCAAGUACUUUAUCACCUGGACACAGGCACUUUGCUGCUCAGACAAAAGAUUUAAUUACUGAAAUUGAGUUACUUGAAGAAGAAGUUACAAGCCGUGAGCAACAUGUGCUUGCCAUGUACAGAAGUAUUUUUGAACAUUGUGUUAGCCGGCCACCUUCUGAACAAAAUUCUGGCGUGGCUUCACCGGCUCACACAAAGCAUGAAUCCAGGAAGCAUCCAAGUAUAAUUUCAAGUGCUUUCUGUUCAUCAAAAAAGUUUCCCCUGCGGCCCUUGCAUGCUCUGAUUUCUAAUAAUGACUUGAAGAAUAGAAUCUUUGGGUCAAAUUAUGCUCCUUUAUCAUGUGGCAAGGGCAAAGUUUAUCUAGGAAAGACUUGUCUUGAUUCCACCAAGGUUCAAGAGAAUUUUUCCACAACGGAGAAAACUCCAGUAUUGCGAACUUUAAAAGAUCAUCUAAACCAGUGCCCAAACAGGCUUUCUGAGGAGAUGGUGAAGUGUAUGGCAACUGUAUAUUGUUGGCUUCGUAGUGCGUCUUCUGUAAAUACCGAAAAAAGUAAGUCGACUUUAUUAUCUAGGUCAUCCACUCAUGCUGUACGGCAAAGACAUGUUGCAGAGGAUCGAGACUGUUCUUGCAAAUCAGUUGUGGAAAUAUCUUGGAUAGCAACUCGCAAACGUCAUUCUUCUCAUGCUUCUUACGCCAUGGACAACUACAGAGUACUAGUUGAACAACUCGAAAGGGUGAAUAUCAGUCGAAUGGAAUGUGAUGGACAAAUUGCGUUCUGGAUCAACGUGCAUAAUGCUCUUGUGAUGCAUGCAUAUUUAGCGUAUGGAAUUCCCCAGGGCUCUCUCAAGAGACUGGCCUUGUUUCACAAGGCUGCUUACAACAUUGGCGGUCAUAUCAUAAGUGCAAAUGCCAUAGAACAAGCGAUAUUUUGCUUCCGAACACCCCGCAUUGGACGGUGGCUUGAAAGCUUUGUGUCUGCUGCCUUGAGGAAGAAAAAUGGUGAAGAAAAACAGCUUAUCAGCUCAAAAUUGUGUAUUACUGAUUUCCAACCCCUUGUUUGCUUUGCUCUUUGCACUGGAGCAUUGUCAGAUCCUGUGCUAAAAGUCUACACUGCGUCAAAUAUAAGAGAACAGCUGAAUAUUGCCAAGAGAGAGUUUCUCCAAGCAAAUGUAGUUGUGAAGAAGUCAAGCAAAGUUUUUCUCCCCAAAUUGGUGGAAAGAUUUUCUAGAGAAGCAUCAAUCCGCUUAGAUGAUCUCCUUGGAUGGGUCAUGGAAAGUGUUGACAAGAAACUGCAUGAUUCAAUAGAGAAAUGCCUUGAUCGUAAAUCCAAUAAAAAGUCAUCUCAGAUCAUAGAAUGGCUGCCUUACUGUUCUCGGUUCAGGUACAUGUUCUCGAAGGAUCUAAUAGACAAGCCAUGGUGGGUAUAACAAUAUAAUAUCUUAGGAAUGUAGAGGUUCUUUUUAGGUUUGACUGUUUGAGGUCAGCGAGGAAGUUAACUAUAGGUGUUAAUAAAAAUUUUCGUGUACAUUUUGACACAAUAUUUUUGCUUGUGUUAAAUAUCGUACUCUUACUACCUAAAUAUUUUGAUAAUGUAGCCGCACGCCUAACAAUUUGUGUGGACAAAGCUUUCUUUAACUUGAAAGUUGUAGAAUAGAAUAAUAAACGGCAGUUUCA